AUGGUCCCUAAACCGCCCAGGAUGACCAUCUUUCGCUUUCCUCGGGGAGUCCGGCACUUCUCGGUCUCUGCCGUCCGCAGAGAGAUCCGCGACAUCGCCGCCCUGCCCGAUCGCAUAGUUCCGCAUUACCAACAGACAAAGACAUCUUCGCUGCUGUCUCUCAUAUGGCCCCAACCGCCGCGCAACGUCCUGCUCAUGCCCAAGCUGCAUGCGCCCCAUGUAAUCGUUUCCGCCGCCGAGUUCGCCAAACACAUCCACUCCAACUACCCCGGGCUCAACAUCGUCUUCGAAAGCCAUGUCGCCCAAACCAUCCACGAGCAGCUGCCCUUCCCCAUCUACACGGCCGCCCCAGGCGAGGCCAGCAAUCUCUUUGCCAACAAAAUCGAUCUCGUCACUACCAUGGGCGGCGACGGCACCAUCUUACGGGCAGCCAGCCUCUUCUCCAUGCACUAUCAGGUGCCGCCCAUUUUGUCCUUCAGCAUGGGCACCCUCGGCUUCCUCGGCGAGUGGAAGUUCCAGGAAUACAAGCGCGCCUGGCGCGAGUGCUACAUGAGCGGGUGUUCGGUCUCGGUUGAGGACUUGGUCGGGCCACACACCCAAGUCGCCGCCCGCCAGGCCGCCAACGCCAACCUUACCUCCGACUCCAACAAGGACGACAGCACUGAGCAAUCCCCCGCCUGGGACGCCGUCCGCGGUAACGGACAAUGUAUGGGUCUCAGCCGGUCCUCCAAGAUCCUCCUGCGCAACCGUCUGCGCGUGGGCAUCUACGACGCCGAAGGACGAAAUAUCAACCAACAGCUUAUCCCGACCUCCACUGCUGAACCGGGCGGUCCAGUUCCGGAAAUCGACGAGGUUACAUACCCGAGCGCUCUUUCUGCCGCGAGUACUGGUGGAAUCACCAAGAAGGCCCCGAUUCCUUACUUACACGCUAUAAAUGAGGUGUCUAUCGACCGCGGCGCCCAUCCUCACCUUGCUAUAAUCGACAUUUACGUCAACAAUCACUUCUUAACCGAGGCCGUAGCCGAUGGCAUCCUCAUUUCGACUCCAACGGGAUCUACCGCCUACUCGCUCUCGGCAGGCGGGAGCAUAGUCCACCCUUUGGUAAAAUCCCUGCUCAUCACACCCAUCAGCCCGCGCUCGCUCUCCUUCCGGCCUUUGGUUUUGCCGCUCAACACCAAGGUCGUCCUCAAGUUGUCCAAGAGGAACAGAGGGAGGGAGUUGCCAGUCAGCAUAGACGGCAAGCGGCGGGUGGCGGUCUCUAUCGGGAUGGAAGUCCGCGUGGAAGGAGAAAAGCUUGAGAAGACGGUUGAACAUGGCUGGCGGGGUGGAGUGCCGUGCGUAAUUCGGUCCAGCUCCAAGGGCGACACAGACGGGAUCGCAGAGGAUGACGAUUCUUGGGUCGGAGGGCUGAAUGGGUUGUUGAAGUUUAAUUAUCCAUUCGGCGGCGGUGAUCCAGAGGGGCAGCACUGA